GGAGCUGAGAGACUUCGGGAGUUGGGGCAGCUCCUUGUGCUGGGCCCUGCUGGGUGGCUAGAGCUCCACCCGGACCCCUGGUUCCUCCAGCUGCCAGCACCAAGGCCUCCCCUAGCAUUCAGGCGGCCCUGUGGUGGAGCGAGGGCUGAGUGCCCGGGAGUGUAGAGAACCAGGCCGGCCCGGAGUGCGUUGUGGAGACUCCACGAGCACCCGGCGUCUUGGCAUCAUGCGACCCGCCGCACCUCCUCCUCGCCGGCCAGGGGCUUCGUUCUGGGUUUGUUGAGCCAACUGCCGAAACUGGGAAAGAAGCAGCGAGACGCUGGAGAACAGCACGGAAACGGACUCAACUUCCCCUCCGCCCCAAGAGGCUGCCAGUCCCAGGUUCCCUGGGCUUGUGUAGCUUAAUCAUGAACCUGGCGCACGCUUGCCUUUAGGAGAAAUUCAGAAGCCGGAGGGAGAGGCCAGGCAAUUUCUUUGGUUGCUAAGGGUGAGUGAAGACUCCGAGGAUGGCUCAAGGAUCUGCGGAUCAGAGAACAGUGGGAAUUGCUGACCCAGAGGAGAGUUCUCCCAACAUGAUAGUCUACUGCAAAAUUGAAGAUAUCAUUACAAAGAUGCAAGAUGACAAGACCGGGGGUGUGCCCAUCAGAACUGUCAAAAGCUUUCUCUCCAAGAUCCCCAGUGUUGUCACAGGUACUGAUGUUGUCCAGUGGCUGAUGAAGAACCUUUCCAUCGAGGACCCAGUUGAAGCAAUACACCUGGGAAGCCUCAUAGCUGCCCAGGGCUACAUCUUUCCCAUCUCGGACCACGUGCUCACCAUGAAGGAUGACGGGACCUUUUACCGCUUCCAGGCUCCUUACUUCUGGCCUUCGAACUGCUGGGAACCAGAAAACACUGACUAUGCCAUAUAUCUCUGUAAGAGGACAAUGCAAAAUAAAGCAAGACUGGAAUUGGCGGAUUAUGAAGCAGAAAAUUUAGCAAGACUCCAGCGAGCCUUUGCAAGGAAGUGGGAAUUCAUCUUCAUGCAAGCAGAAGCACAAGUCAAGAUUGACCGGAAAAAGGACAAGACAGAAAGGAAGAUUCUGGACAGUCAAGAACGGGCCUUCUGGGAUGUCCACAGGCCAGUGCCAGGCUGUGUGAACACCACAGAAAUGGAUAUCAGGAAGUGUCGACGUUUGAAGAACCCGCAGAAGGUUAAAAAGUCUGUGUAUGGUGUAACGGAAGAAUCCCAAUCACAAAGCCCCGUGCACAUACCCAGUCAGCCAAUUAGGAAGACGACGAAAGAUGACAUCCGGAGACAGAUAGCGUUUUUGAAUGCACAGAUCGACAGACAUUGUUUGAAAAUGUCCAAGGUGGCUGAGAGCCUGAUCGCCUACACAGAACAGUAUGCAGAGUAUGAUCCCUUUAUCACACCGGCCGAGCCAGCCAACCCCUGGGUCAGCGACGACAUUACUUUAUGGGACAUAGAGAUGAGCAAAGAGCCCAGCCAGCAGCGAGUGAAGAGAUGGGGCUUCUCUUUUGAUGAGAUACUGAAGGACCAGGUGGGGCGGGACCAGUUCCUCCGAUUCCUGGAGUCAGAGUUCAGCUCUGAAAACCUCAGGUUCUGGCUGGCUGUCCAAGACCUCAAGAAACAGCCCUUGCAGGAUGUGGCCAAGAGGGUGGAAGAAAUCUGGCAAGAGUUCCUGGCUCCGGGAGCCCCGAGUGCCAUCAACCUGGACUCCCACAGCUACGAGGUCACCAGUCAGAAUGUCAAAGAUGGAGGAAGGCACACGUUUGAAGAUGCCCAGGAGCACAUCUACAAGCUGAUGAAGAGCGACAGCUAUGCCCGCUUUCUGCGGUCCAAUGCCUACCAGGACCUGCUGCAGGCCAAGAAGAAGCCAGAAAGUGAGCAAGGUCGUAGAACUUCCCUAGAAAAGUUCACUCGCAGUGUGUGCUGCUGGCGCAGAGUCCGAAUGGCCGCUGCAUUUCAGCCCCGAGGUGGCUUCCUUCCAGCAGUGGGGAAAGUCGCUAGCGGGCAAGCGCCUCACCGGCUUGAUGCAGUCCUCCUGAGUGUCCCCAGUGCUGCGCCCGGGCCCAUGGAGCCCUCCACGGGCAGCCGGCGGCGCUCCACGUCCACGGACAGAGUCUCCUUGCGGGGAGAUUUGGUCACUGUGAAGGAGAAAGAGUGAGGGCGGUGGAAGGCAAGGAUGGGGAGAGCUGGUGGGUGAAUAGGAAGACCAGAAAGGAUGUGCACAGAGCCUGUGGGGCAGCACGGAGACGGCCGCUCACAUCGCCCUCUUCCUCGUACAGUCAUGCGCCAACAUCCGUUCUCCACGACACCCUUGUGUCCACCUCAUCCAGGGGAGGAUGCCUCGGGGAGACUUCCAUGGCCACGGUCAUCUGUGUUGUAUUCUGAUCAUCGUCGCCCUUCUUGCAGUGUGGGGGGACCUCACCUUCCAGCAAACUCAAGAGGACACAGAGAUGCCCCCAGGUAGAUUCAGUAUUAUGUACAUCAGCUCCCCGCUUCACAAGGGUGCACCCAUGGCACAUCCCCUAAUGACAGCCACUGUGUCCAGAGCAUCACCGCCUCCCCCACGGUUCCUCAGCCACCUGAGUCCAACAGGGUGGUGCCAGGCACCGCCACUCUGGUAGUCAGCAUCCUCGCACAUCUGACAGGAAACCAACACCAGGGACUGCUUCACUCCAAGUUCUUGGCCACCCUGUCCCACCCUUGGUGACCACCUGUAGGAGAGGUCUCCAGUAGCCUGGCGGCUGCCCUGGAGUCCUCACAAACGUCUCAAGGCCCUGGCAGGAGCCCUGGUGCCAACAAAAGAGCUUGCUGCCUAGCAGUGUGGAAAGGUCUGUGUCUUUGAAGAAGUGAUUAUCUCAUCCUUUAUUCGGUUUUUGCCCACCUUGCACCUUGGUUUGUUCCUUCGUGUUCUACCAUAAUAAACAUGGCCUCAAACUCAGGGGCCGUGUUGGGAGUCUGCCCUCCAGCCAACCCAGACAGAAGCUAAGAAGAGUCCCCAGUCCCAGGAAGUUGCUAGACUUCAGGGCAGGAAGCCUCUACCCAUAUGGCUUCAUCCAUUCAGCCACAGCCAGCUUCUUCCUGGGUCAGAUCCCAGCUGUGACUAAAGCUGAUGGUAUGAUACAGAGGGACCAGGCCAGGGCCAUGUGUGUCCCUUCCUGGGAGGCUCAAAGCACCUGGCAAAAUGAAGUUGGUUGUCUAGCAGCACGCAAAGCCUGCGCAAGAUCCCCCUGUAUUCUCUUGAUGUGUGUGUCAAAUGAUUAUUUGCCAACAUGGCUGUAAGGUCAUGUAUGGAAGCACCUGUUCAGGUGCCUGCCGCUCGUAGGUGCUUAGCAAAUGGUAGCAAAUACUAAUGUCAUGUUUUGAUUGUGACACCUGUGAGCCCUUGCAGAGAGCUGUGUUUGGGCCCAGACACUCCGUCCCCAGGUCACUGUCAUGAGAACUCUCCCUUGGAUUUAUACGAAGCAGUCCCUGCUGCUGCCUCACUCAUACAGGCAAGUCCACCGGCAGGCAACCAAGCUUCCUGUGCUUGUCAGAAGCCCCCAGCCGUCUGGGCACUGCCCUAUCACACAUCUCGCCCAUGUCUGAGUCCUGUGCAUACCUGCUCCACUCCCACCAUGCUCACAGUGGAGCCACCAUGGGCAUUAGA